UUUUUUUUUCUAUUCAUUUCGUACACAGGGAAAACAGCUGAUUCGUGAGGAGAAUUAUUAACUGUUUUGGAACGUUAAUAUUUUUUGGUUCAGUUAUUUUAAGAAAUUUAAAUGUCUAAGCCACAGACAAUGUUGCAUUACCAAAAUAGCCAAUACACGCGCGUAAUGAAUUUGAAGUACAAAUCAAAAUAUAAGCGCUUAAAGCGACAAAUUAAAAAUUUCGUUUUUGAAAAUGCUUCUUUAUGUGAUGAAGUUGCACAGGUACAGGCAGAUUUGGCAUCUGCUCGAGAAGAGCGCCGCUAUCUGAUUAAGAGGCUUAUGCGUUACGAGGGUGUUGACUGCCUGGAGCAACAGCAAAUAGAACAAGACCAUUCAGUACCACAACAAAAAGGACCGGGUAAAGUUCCUAGCUCGGCACCUAAAAAGAGAGGUCCCAAAAAACGUGCGCCACCACUGCAGAGUCAAGAAAAGAUUGAUAGACGCUACAAGCCACGCGACAAAGUGACUUUAGAUGCAAGUGGUAGGCCAAUGUACCCCAUUAAUUUAUGCAAUAUUCUUAUACACUCACCCGGUGAAAUUAUACCUAUAAAUCCAAAUUUCCAUUCAAAUAACUGGAUAUAUCCAGUCGGCUAUGUCGCCACACGUAUAUAUGCGCAUCCAAAAGAUCCUCAACGUAAAUGUGUCUAUACUUGUAAAAUACUUAACAACGCAGGAAUGCCACAAUUUCAAAUAAUACCAGACAAUGAUCUAGAUAGUGUUUUCUUUGGUGAGACGGCUAAUAUUUGUCAUAAAGGUUUGUUGGAAACCUUGCAGCGCACUUUAGCCGAUGUCGUGCAGUUACCGUUGCAAGUGCAAGGAGAGAAAUUUUUUGGUCUAGCUAAUCCGACGGUAAAAUCCUUGCUACAAAUGGAUCCCGGUUAUACACAAUGUUCAAAUUUUAAAGGAUUCAUCGAAGUAACAGAUACCAAUAGUACGGAAAAUUUGUCUUUACUUGAAGACAAGGAUCCAACAAUGAGUUUUGAUGCAUUGCAAACGUUGAUCGCAGUAUCAACCUAUCAUAAUAUGCCUGAAGUAAAAGAUGAACCACCAGAUGAACUAUUGGAAUUUAAAUAAAUAACUCAUAAUACAUAUUUUAUAAAAAAUUAUUUGAAUACAGUUUAUUGAAAUUAUUUUUUCACGCGUUUUAAUAUAUAUGUACAUGUAAUAUGCUUUUUUGUAUACCAUAAAAACGUGCAGCAGUAAAAAAAA